UAAGGCGUAGCCGACUGGGGGCGUGGCUUGCGUCUGAUAUACCUAUCGGUCACGAGGAGGGGAAGGGGCGGGCUUGGCACUACAGACUACAGACAUCAGAGACGGCGCGCGGACAAGAUGAUGGCGACCGCGAUGGCUGCGAACGCUGCGGAGCGGGCAGUACUGGAGGAGGAGUUCCGCUGGUUGCUGCACGCUGAGGUGCACGCCGUGCUCAAACAGCUGCAGGACAUCCUCAAGGAGGCCUCUCUGCGCUUCACUCUCCCAGGCCCCAGCACAGAGGGACCUGCCAAGCAGGAGAACUUUAUCCUGGGCAGCUGUGGCACAGACCAGGUGAAGGGUGUGCUGACUCUACAAGGGGACGCCCUCAGCCAGGCGGAUGUAAACUUGAAGAUGCCUCGAAACAACCAGUUGUUGCACUUCGCCUUCAGGGAGGACAAGCAGUGGAAGCUACAGCAGAUCCAGGAUGCUAGGAACCAUGUGAGCCAAGCUAUUUACCUCCUGACAAACCGGGAUGAGAGCUACCAGUUUAAGACAGGAGCUGAGGUUCUCAAGCUCAUGGACGCUGUGAUGCUGCAACUGACCAGAGCCAGAAACCGGCUCACUACCCCAGCCACCCUCACCCUGCCCGAGAUUGCUGCCAGCGGCCUCACGCGGAUGUUCGCCCCCACUCUACCUUCUGACCUGCUGGUCAACGUCUACAUCAACCUCAACAAGCUGUGCCUCACAGUAUACCAGCUGCACACCCUGCAGCCCACCUCCACCAAGCACUUCCGCCCCGCUGGAGGCGCAGUGCUCCACAGCCCCGGGGCCAUGUUUGAGUGGGGCUCACAGCGCCUGGAGGUGAGCCAUGUACACAAGGUGGAAUGCGUGAUCCCCUGGCUUAACGAUGCCCUGGUGUACUUCACCGUCUCCCUGCAGCUGUGCCAGCAGCUCAAGGAUAAGAUCUCUGUGUUUUCCAGCUACUGGAGCUCCCGGCCCUUCUGAGCAUGUGCCUGCCAGAAUCCUUCUCCCAGGAGGGUAGCCCUGCCUUUUAGUCCCUCUCCCCAACACAUACCCCCUGUAGUGCCUGUGUCACUGCCAGGCACCCCACCCCCACCCCUGAGUUAUUUGUCUGCCUCCUCACCAGCCUGUGACACAUCUGCCCUGCUGGAAGUGACCAUAAGAAGCACCUGGAGAAAG